UGCUGAAGAGCUGGUUACUCAAGCAGAGAUGGAAGCCACACAGCUCUCUAACACUGAAGGAUCACCCGGGAGUCCAAGUGCAUCAUCUGCUCCUUCUCGCCUCAAGAUAAACAAAGCUUAUCUGAAGAAUGCUAAGGGUAAGAGGGGGCAUGUUUAUGGACUGGGAAGUGCCCAAUACAGGGAGCAAGCACCUUCUUCUCGCGACCCUAAUGGUCUUGCCCGCAACCUGGAGAUGGAGAUGCGUGUGGGAGGUCUUGAGACAAGCCUCAACACUGUCACUGCUGAUGUUGCUGGGGUGAAGCAUGCCGUUGCUGAGCUGAAGGAGGACGUGUCUCAGAUGAGGCAGGACUUUGCAUCAACAAGAGAUGCAAUCAAUGAGUUCCUCCAAACACUGCGCCCCCAACAAGCAACUGGACAGACUUCUGCUCAGCCUCAGUCCCAACUACUCAGCCUUAAACUGUCGAUGGCAUUUGGAAGAAGGUUGUUCAUCCUUCUCUUUUGUAACAAGAUUAAUCAAACUCUAGCUAGUCUUUCUAUUCGGAAUAGAGUCUUCUUAGACUCUUUAACUGUUAUCUUUUGUAGAGUCUUUUAAGACUUUAACUCUAUCUUUUGUAGAGUCUUUUUAGACUCUUAAAAACUCUCUCUUUGUAUAAUUAUUAUCUAUGUUUCUGUAAUGUUGAAUCUUAUCUUUUAUAU